GAGAUCAUGCACUCUCUACCGGAAGAUGCUCGAGCCAAAGAGGUCCUACGAUACCGGUUAAAAGGAUGCAAGUUGACUUGGUGGAAUUGGGGAACAAAGGAGGAUCAUAUGGAUACUACUGUGACAGUAACUGGGUUCGGGGAUACGAUCAUCGAUCCACCUGACAAUGACGGACGGUCAGAGGUGGUGAUACCAGCUUCGAAUACGGUGGAAUUUACCGUGGUUAACUGAGAGAGAGAAAUUUGAUAGUCAUAUUGGUUGAUAAUUUUCCAAGCACGCAGUGCUGAGAAAAUCACAACAGAUGAAUGCGGUGAUAGCAGCCGCCAUCAGCGAUGCCAACACUGCCCUGGGAAGCACAUGCGUUGCAUAUGUCGUUGUUAGAGCCAAUUUUGUCGGACGCGAGUACUGCGAAGACGGUGUGAAAGAACCAGCUCCCAGUCGUGAUGAGACAUACUUCUUCCUCAGCGGAUGGAGCGAUGUGAUUAUUGACAGUCAAAAGAUAACCACCGCCGAGAUAGCCGCCGAGGUGGCCAGUGUCAUUACAAAAGGACUCACUCUCCCCAACGCAACCACAUGCAACACCACAUCGGGCACCGAUCCGGACCCUUACGCAGUAGCCAUGUGUCGAGUAUCUCUCCAGAUCGCUGGCGAUCCGGGAGGCUGGACGGCUCAGCUCUUUGCACGGGCCCAAACAGACAUCGCCAACAAGAAUUAUUCGUGCAUCCUUUAUAAGCUUGGUUAAGCUGGUUCGCCUCAGGCAGGCAAUCAGGCUGUCAGGCCAUCACAGCAACUAUUCUUCACCCAUCGAAGCAACGCAACAGAGAGACUAUUAUAGAAAAUCUUAUACUAGGAGAUAUAUA